GACACGUCAUGGAGGGUGGGAGAAAGAGGGCAGGCAAACGAAAUAAAUAUUACAGAAACAAACACUACACACACAGACGCGAGACAGCGACUGGGAGAAGAGUAGAUGAGAGGAGUUACGCCGACGACGAAAUUAUCUGACGGUCGAGAUUCCAUCUCAGGAGGAGAUGAACCAACUCAGUUCUGACUCGGUGACUCAACUCGAUCGACAGAAACCAACCACUACCCUGCUUCCCGGUCAACUCGAUCGAUAUAGAACUCGGAACACAAUUGCAAGCAGCUUGGCCUUCCAUUCCAAUGUUCAAUCACAGGAAGGAAGGAAGGAAGCAGAGCCAGAUUGAGAACUGAUGAAGAUGAUUAACAGCAA